GGUUUGUUUUCCUGGUAGCUUUCAAAGCCACAGCUAGUUAGCUGGAAACACUGGAAAUUAUCAUGGAAACAAAUAACAUUUCAGUUUGUAAACCUGUGAUAUGUUUCUGAAGGAGCUCCAGACUUACAAAAAACCUCGUGAAGAAACCGGAAGAAGAAGAAGGGAAGAUGAACUUGGCCAAAAGUUAAACAAGCGGAAACAGCGGCUAACUGCUGAUGAAGAUAUAUUUGACUCAAAUAUAUCUUCACUCAAAUGUUAUUAAAAAUAAUCGCACGGUAUUAGUGGUUUAAACGAAGAGAAGAAAUGAGUCAAAGUGCUGGAUGCUGUUUUCAAGCUUGAUGUUCGUUGAAACAGCAGACAUGCAGCAGCUGCUAGUGAGUAAAAAUGAUGUCCUUCCUGAGCAGAAGGAAAGGAAUCGGAUUCUGGACCAAAAGGAUUCAGAGCUGCCAAACAUUAAAGAGGAACAAGAGGAACUCUGGACUGUAAUGAGUGAAGAUGAAGAAAAACCACAGUCAUCAGAGCUUCAUCAAACCCAACGAGAUGAGAGCACAGAAGUGGAGCUUCUUUCCAGCAAAGCAUCUGAACCUAGAACACUGAAAAUAGAAGGCGAUGGAGAGAAAUCUGGAGGAUCACAAGAAGCCAGCAACUCAGUCAUGCAGCAGUUGUUGGUGAUUAAAGAAGAAAUUCCCCUUGAACCGCAGGAGUGGCAUCAGAAUGUUGACCAGGAGGACAUUAAAGAGGAACAAGAGAACCUGUGUAACAGCCAGCAGCUUCACCAGCUGGAGGAGGCUGAUAUAACAGAGUUAAUUUUCACUGCUGUCCCUGUGAAGAGUGAACAUGAUGAAAAAACACAGUCAUCACAGGAUCUUCAAAGCCAAAGUGAUGAGGGUGCAGAGGAUGAGCCUGUAGCCAGCAGCUCGACUGUAAACAAAGAAUUGACAACACAAGCUGAUGAAGAGGACUAUGGAGGACCACAACCAGCCAGGAGCUCCGGUCUGUAUUGUUAUUUACAACCACAUACCAAUAGUUGGAGUUCAGACAGCUCUAAAUCUGAGACUCACAACAGCCAUGAUUGGAAAGAGACUGAACAAGUUCAUUUAGGUUUUAUCUCUCAGACAAAUUGCAAUGUCUCAAAACAGCAAAGAGGAAUGCAAGCUAGUGAAGAGUCACUUAGCUGUUCUGAAUGUGGUAAUAGAUUUGGAGAGAAGGGUAAUUUGAUCAAACACAUAGGAGUUCAUACAGGGGAGAAACCAUUUUGCUGUUCUGAGUGUGGUACAAGAUAUGGAUGGAAGGACAGUCUAAUGAUACACAUGAGAAUUCAUACAGGAUUAAAAACAUUUAACUGUUCUAACUGUGGUAAAAUAUUUAGACGGAAGCACGAUCUGCUCACACACAUGAGAACUCAUACGGGACAGAAACCAUUUCAAUGUUCUGAGUGUCGUAAAAGAUUUGGACAAAAGAGUGAUUUGAUCAGACACAUGAGAAUUCAUACAGGUGAGAAACCAUUUGGAUGUUCACAGUGUUGUAAAAGAUUUGGACAAGAGAGCAAUCUGAUCAGACACUUGAGAAUUCAUACGGGAGAGAAAAUAUUUGGGUGUUGCGAGUGUGGUAAAAGAUUUGGACAGAAGGGUAAUCUGACCAAACACAUGAGAAUACACACGGGAGAGAAACCAUUUUGCUGUUCUGAGUGUGGUACAAGAUUUAGAUGGAAGGACAGUCUUAUUACACACAUGAGAAUCCAUACAGGAGUGAAAACAUUUGACUGUUCUAAUUGUGGUAAAAUAUUUGGACGGAAGCGUGAUCUACUCACACACAUGAGAACUCAUACGGGACAGAAACCAUUUCAGUGUUCUGAGUGUAGUAAAAGAUUUGGGCAAAAGAGUGAUAUGAUCAGACACAUGAUUAUUCAUACAGGUGAGAAACCAUUUGGCUGUUCACAGUGUUGUAAAAGAUUUGGACAAGAGAGCAAUCUGAUCAGACACUUGAAAAUUCAUACGGGAGAGAAAAUAUUUGGGUGUUCCGAUUGUGGUAAAAGAUUUGGACAGAAGGGUAAUCUGACCAAACAUAUGAGAAUUCAUAGAGCUUAUGAAGAACAGGUAAAUUGCUCCUAAGGGUAAGGAACACAAAUAUAAGUUGACAUGUUGACCCUCAGCCCUUGACCCAUAUUAAAGGCCCCUUCACACAUAACAUGAAUGAGGCCAAAUAGCACACGAAAGAGGAUUUGAAUGGCUCUUGUGAAAAAUCCGAGCCGUACUCAAAAGCCUCAUACAGCAGUCAGCACAACUGUUAGACCACAGCACAUGCACUCCACAUUCAUGUCUCGCUCGUGCUCGAAACCCAAUUGAACGGCGGUCAAGAUGAGGUCGUAUUGCUAUCUGACCGUGGUUGCAACAUUUGUACAUGUCGUACACAGGUGGGACCAUUCGGACCACGGUCAAGAGGUUGCGCGAAAUGAUCGGCCACAUUGAACCCUGGCUGAAUGUUGCAGUCGAGCCAGCCCAGCCUUCACACUAGCGGCCGAAUGAGGAUGAAUGGUGCCCGAAUGCCCAGUCGACCCACACUUGGCCAGAGUCUAGGUACCACAUGUGAACUUCCAGCAGCAGUUGCGGCACGAAUGUAGUGCCCAGGAUACCACUGUCCAGGUGUGGUCAGUGUGUCGUGUCCGCCCCGUGAGCACUAGGACCUCCCUGACCACUACAAAUGACAUGCAGGUGUGUCAUCCCCCCCAUCCAAGCACCUGCAGCUGUGAACUUCGCUGGCCUCACCUCCAGUCAGUGCAUGCGCGAGGGAGAGAGGGAUGAUUUUAUUUCAUCUCAUUUAUGUAAUUUCAUUAAUUCUUUGUCUUACUUCUAUGGGCCUGAUCCAUGAACAAAAAGGAACAGUAGGACAAUAUUCUUGUAUUCUCUGCUCUUUAUAACAGGAGUUAAAUAUUUUAAUAGACAAAAAGAAGUCCGUUUGUUUCCUCAAUUCUAACACAGACGCUGUCACAGCAUCAAGUCAUCAAGCAUCAAUUAAACAUCAUUACCAGUAACAUGAUUGUCUUACAGUUAAAUGGUACAUUUAUUGUUCUUAUAAUGUUCUAUAGUCCCAUUAUUUUGUCCUUAUACAUUUUCUUAAAUUUAUGAACAUUUGUACAUUUAAUUGCUUCCGCUGCUGUGAGACUGUGAUGUGGUAUCGCACCUCUCAUGAUGGUCACACUAUUCGUGUGCGUGCACACAAUCAUGCACAAAACUGUCGCAGUGGGAUAGUAUGGCAUCCGUACAUGGCUGUCUGACCAUCUGUCUUUCACCACUGUGGCUGAAAUCUUUCGAGUUUCGCCAUUCGGCCUGUUUCAGCCUGAUUCGCCCAACAUCGUGUUAUGUGUGAAGUGGCCUUAAAACAAUAUUGUAGGAAAUAAUAAUUUUUAAGAAUAAGCAGUCAGUUUUAUGAUGAAAAUAGUGCCAUUCUUUGCUAUAGUACUAUGUAAUGAUUCUGGAUAAUAAAACACCCAAAAUAUGAGUGAGAAUAACCAAAUAAUGAAAAUUUAGCAUGCAGGUCUUUAGGUAUACAAUAUUCCUCAUGCAAAAAUUUAAAUCUCAGACAUUAGUGGUUCUUGAAUUUUAGGAUGCAAAAGGUUUUGCUGUAUGGACAGAUGGAAGGACAGCAAUUGCCCUUGACAAGCACAACUUACAGUUGUGAAAAAGCAUAAGAAGUACCUGGAGGCAAUCCCUGGUCACCCAGAUGCCCAAGAAGUACAGUUAUCAGUUAUCACCUACAGAAACCAGUUGCCAACUUGAAGAGAGCCCCCUGGGUCUGGGGUCCAUUACACUCUAAGAAAUCUAAGAGACAUUAAAAAGAGUGUGAGUGAAACCAUUUGACUGUUCUUGGUGUGGUAAAAGACUUGAAUGAAAAGACAAGCUGAUCAGACACAUGACACAAUUCACACAAGAGAACAUUUGGCUCUUAGACCUCUGUCCACCUUAUACACCACUAUUCAUAUGAGAGAAA